CUGGCAUCAGUAACUGUGCUCGGGUAUACCCUGUCUUGCCGUAUGGUCAGCGAUGGCACUGCAUUCCUGAACGUCGCCCGUGCCAUUCUCAUGGUUGUCUUCUCAGUACCUCACCUGAAUAUUUGCUUGUUAACAAGUGCUCUGUCCCACCUUGGUAUUGCGUGGUGCAUGCUCACUCCUUUGACGCAGAGAGAAAUACGCAGGUAUACGAGUGGACUUUAUGCGGAAUUGAGAAGCUGCAGUUCGAUACGAAGCAAGAUCUACUUUGUACUGCGUGGAUUUCUGGCCAUUGCUUGGAAGCGAAUGCUUUCUCUGGCCAUCAUCGACAUGGUCAUCCACCUCUGUGCGUAUUACAAGGGCAUUGUGUUUGUGAUGAUUAUUGGCGCAGUGGACCGGGAAACCAAUACAGAGGACUCUAGGGUAUUUGCACUGUGUGCAAUAUGGAGCGCAUUGUCCAUGUUCUCCGUGAUCGGCGAGUAUCAUCAGGAAUUCAAAGGGCCACGCCUACUGGGAGAUCCUCGAUGUUAUGCGUAACAAGCUCCUCGCGAUCAAAACAUCACGGAAUGGUGAGCAGCUUACAGGUGAAGGGUAUCGUGAGACUAUCUCAGAAGACACGUACCGUAUGGCUUAUAAAGUAGACGAUGUGCUCAGUAUGCUCAGCCAGUCGGUAGCGAGCUUUCUCAGCAUUCCGGUUGCUU